GGACUCAGCAGGAGCAAGUGUGGAGUUAUACGCAAGUAAAUUGUAGCUUAGCUUAGCCAGGAAUCGUUGACAAGUUUUUCAGUUGCCUUCUUCAAUUUUAAUAAACGAGAGAACGUAGAUUAUGAUUGACCGAUUUAUUGAGGAUAUUCUGAAUGAAGUUUUACAAAGAUGAAUAUAAGUUUACAAGCCGAUUUUCAAUAGCACAAGAAUAAUAAUAUGGAAUAAUAUUAACCUGCCUUCACUGGGUUAAAAUGGCAGCCAAAAGUGAAGAGGUUCACUCGAGUGGCAAAAAUAAGAAACAAUCAGCAGGUAAAGCAGACUUUGACUCUUUGUAUGAUCAAAUAUCAGAAGGAAAUGCACUUAUAAAAGCAAAUGCGUCAUUUUGGACAAGAAAAGGCAAUAGCACAAAAUAUAUGUGUGUUCUUUGUAAUAUUGGUGUACAGUUUCAGAAGAAUUUGAACGUUUUUAAAUCUUCUAUCAUAGCUCAUGUAGAAGACAAGUAUCACAAGAAAAGGUACGAAUCAUAUCUUGCUGGAAGUAUGAACACUAGUUCCGCAAACACACUUACCACAGAUAAUAAGUGUUCGGACACUACAGAAACACAAACCUUGACUAAAACUCAACCGAAAGUUUCCGUUGUAGCUAUUUUAGAGAAAAUGGAUAAAGCUUUAACACAUUUGACCGACAAGUCUCAAGAAGAUGAAAAUGAAAAUGACUAUUCGGUAGAUAUUGAGAUGUACGAUUCCAUUCUUAAAACACUGAAAGUUGUAAAAACAGAUAAACAAUAUAUCGUCUCAAGCAGUAAUGGGAGCAAUUUCUAUUGCACUAUUUGCAAUGUCCUGAUUUUCAACUCUCCUAACUCCAAACAGUUGACAUAUAACUUGUUUGUCCACUUAAACGACCCAAAUCAUGUGGAAAAGUUGCCAAAUUUCCCUGAAGUGAAAAAAGACUUUGAUUUAAAACUUGCAACUUUCUUUAAGGCUCUACCUGCAUCGUUCAAAGAGGAGAUACAUGAUAUCCAAAUAGGUCCUGCUAUUGAUUUUGUCAAAUGUACUCUCUGCAAUUUAGCAGUUUCUGAUAAUGUACAUCGUUUAGAAAAUCAUUUGAGAUGUAAAGGGCAUUUAAAUAGAAGACAGAGACGUGUGAAAGGGGAAAAACUUUACUUUGACUGUGUUAGUGAACGUAUUUUGUAUAAGUUCAGGAAACUAAUUGAUGAGCUUGAUAGGGAGUUUGUAAAAGAUGUAAAGUAUAUUUUUGUUGGAAAACUCCCAGGAUAUGUUGUGUGCUCCUUAUGUUCUUGGGUGGUUUUGCCUUCCAAGUUUUAUCUGGAAAGGCACAUCAGUUCAAAAAUGCAUAAACAAAACAAGUCCAAAUACCUUAAAGGCAAAGAUGUAAUUUUUGAAAUAACUCUAGAGGAUUUACAGGAAUUACUUCCAAGCAAAAUGAGAGCUGACAUGAUUUUCAAAGACGCUACAUGUGGAUUCAUUUGCAAACUUUGUGACACAAUUGUUCCGCCAACCUAUUACGAUGUCUAUACUCAUAUCAAACAAGAGAAACUAGCUCAUGAGUCUGGAUGAAAAAAAAAUCAUAUAUCAUCAUAUGCAAUAGUUGCUUAGUGGUUUGUUCUACACUCUCCAUAGUUAAAUAUUAUACUUACAAAACCAUCGUAUUUAUCUAAUAUUAUUUACUCACAAUCAUCACAUUACACCAAUUUUCUAGUGAUUUGUCAUAGAGUAAGUUACAAUACUAAUAAAAUAAUCAAUACACAAAUGUACAUUAUUUUAUUUUUAUAAUAAAAAUUCCCUCUUGGAAGUAAGUUGUAAAAGAAUACAGUAAUUUAAAAUGGUUUUUGAAGGAUCCUUCAGUUCUUUAUAGGAGAUUUUUUAUUGUUUUUAAAUACAGAUAAAGUUUAUUAUUAGUCCUGAACGUUAAUACAACAUUAUUUUAAUGUUUAUCUCCACAAUGUGCUAUUUAGGUACAUUCAAAACUCAAAAGAUUUAUAUAUUGUAUUGUUUGAUAUUUUGUUUGUGUGGGUAUUUCUAUCUUUGUGUUUUUAAUUUGUUUAUCUAAUUAAAUGUCUGUACCCUUUAGACACUUCAAUGUAUUUUAGUGUAUUUACCUCCUCCUGGUAAUCUUCAGAUAAGGCAUUGAUAAUAGUCUAUUGACAAACUUCUAUGUGGCUAAUUUAUUUUUUGAGGGUGAUCUGCGGUAGGGUAUUAUAUAGUUUUGAG